GGGCAGGAUUUGAAGAUCCCCAAUCUGGCAUUCAUCACUUUGAAGUUUGUCUUGGUACCGGUCGUGAAUUAUGUGACCUUGUCCCGUAUUUCAACACUCUCCUUCAUUCAAACAUCAUCAAAACGGGAAUAAACUUACCGAUAAAUCGCAGGCUGUACGCAUCCGUAAUAGCGUUUAAUUAUGUCGGUUUGAGCGUCACUAGAUCGUCUGAUUAUUUCAUAAUUGAUACAACUAAGCCUGCUGUAAUAAUGGCACCGUCAUUUGUGUACGACAAUACAAUAAUGACGAAACAUCAACAUACUUCAGCAGUCAGUUUUGAAAGAUCAAAACUUCACGUUGCUUGGAAAUUUGAAGACAGGGAAAGCAACGUUGUUCAACAUAUUCUAACGUUGAAAACACAUCACGAGGGCCAUACUCCGCUAGAAAACAUAAAGCUAGGACAAUAUGAUUCUUUUGCGAUUACAUUUGAUAAUAACAAUUUGCUACACAAUGGUGACCGAUACUGGGUCGUAGUAACAUGUUGUAAUGCUGCAGGGUUAUGUACAUCUGCGAACUCAUCCGACAUUUUGAUAGAUUCUACCCCUCCACAUGCAGGUGGCUUUCUGGCAACGAUGAAUUGGAACAACAUGAGAACUUCUGGUGAUGCUUUAUCCAAUAUUUCGUUGUCAUGGUAUGGCUUUUUAGAUCAAGAAUCUGGUAUCGAGAAAUAUUACAUCUCUGCCAGUAGUUCAUUCUCUGGCAAUGAACUUACAAAAGGUGUGUUGACAUUUCGACCAAAUAAUUCGCAGGAACGUAUGCAUUUCUUAAUUGGCAAGUAUAUUUACCCCAAUGACAUACUGUUCUUAACAAUAUGGGCUCAAAACUUCGCAGGUUUGAAUAGUUCUGCAGCUAAAGUUACUGUAAUUGCUACAUCUGAAACUCAGACAAGCAUUAUUUCUGACCAGUGGGGAGUCUUAAGCAUAGAGAAACAUUCCUGCGAUAUCCAUUAUUGCGACUCAACCUGCACGUGUGGUUUGUUUAAUAAACCAUGCACAGAUGCAGUAUCUUACAAGUGUUUCGCUAACUCUACCAUUGACACAAAUAUCUAUGUUUCAUUCCUAAGUGAAGAUGAAAUAAUUGAUUCUUCAUCCUGCUUAACUGUGGAAUGGAACUUAACGGACAUUUACUCCUACACAUUGAUAGAGCGAUUUGAGUGGUCUGUUGGAAUAACAGAUUCUUCAAUCGGAUACGGCAUAUUUGAUUUAAAAAUAGAAGAGCCUUGGUUAGAUGUCGGAUUAAAUACAAGAGGUGUGUAUUGCCUUCAGAAUGGGAAAAAUCUUGUUCACGGUGAACAUUAUACAGCUUAUGUUAAAGCAUGGUUUGAGAGUGACACAUACAAAAUUUAUUCGUCUACCUCUAUUGUUGUCGACCACACUCCACCGUCAUUGAGGAGAGGUUACUCAGUGAAGGAUUCGACAUCGGACUGUGCCAAAGACUUGGACUUCAUCGAUUGGACAGAUACAAUAACCGCCUGUUGGGAAGAUGUUUUCCGUGAACAACAAGGAGAGAUUAUAGAAUAUUAUGUUUCGAUGGGUACCGUUAUAAAUGGUAGUGACGUUUUCAACAACACGUCCGUUGGACUGUACCAAAACUAUACUUUUUCGGAUUUGGAACUGCAUUCAGGAACGCGUUAUUAUAUCACAGUGACUGCGAUAAAUAAUAUCCAUCGCAAAAAAACAGCUCAUUCUGACGGCUUCGUUGUAGACACUGAUUACCCUGUAGAAGGGAUUGUAUUUAACACAAAGCAUCAAGUUGACGAACAUUUCCAAUCAAACAGUGAAACGUUAAGUAUUUCCUGGCAUGGAUUUAUCGACCACUCUUCUGGAGUGAAGUCAUACCAUGUCGCGCUAAUCGACGUCGAGACCAUGAAAGCACAUGUCAACUUUAUUAAUGGUGCGUUGAAAACAACGCACACGUUUCAGAAUGCAUCUCUUUCCAAUGGACAUAAAUAUAUUGGGCUUGUAAAGGCUGAGGAUGCGGCUGGUCAUUUUAGCAAGAUCAUACAAAGUACUCCAAAGCAUAUUGAUCUUUCACCGCCCAUGGGGUAUACAUGCGCUCAGUACCGUCCGCUUUAUAACAAGAAUUUAACAAUCUCUCAAUAUACAACAACGGAAUUCAGUUCAACGUUUUCGAAGCAAUGGCCCUACGCAAUUAGAGGACUCAUAUUAAAUGACAAUACAGAGGUAGCUGUCCGAAUUGGAAGACUGAACAGUGCACUGGUUCUUGUAAAGAAUCAUAAUGGAACGUAUGGAUUCAAAUAUGAAUUCACAUUACCGACGGAUAUGAAAGAACAUAUAUACAUUGACUUUGAUAUCAAAAGCAUUGAUACGAAUAUUUUCGUCGGGGUAUAUGAAUGUAUGAAUAUGACAGAGACGGUAAAAGGAGUAGUUGAUGUUUCUCAAGUUAGCAAAUCGACGUUUAUUGUUUCCGUAAACGUCUUUGAUCCAGAUAGUGGAAUUAAAAAGAUAACACUCGGGGCGGGAACUUCAACCGGAUCGUUUCAAUUACGUUCACUGAAUGUUGCUCAUUGCAUAAAUGACGAGGAAUUGAAUCUUCAAGUCGAACAUGGUACACCCGUACACGUGACGGCUAUUGUAGAAAAUUAUGCUGGGCUUAAGUCUGUAUUCCAUUCGUCUCCUAUUGUUGUUGAUAUAACUCCUCCAGAAAUAUCAAACGUGCUUUUCAACAUAGUAACUCAUAUGAAUAGUGCGAACACAUCAGCACUCACAAGCAUAAUAACCGGACAUUGGAACGUCAUCGACAAUGAAACUGACAUCAAACAGUGUUCGGUUGGAAUAGGAAGAAGUCCAGACGGGUUCCCUAAAAUUUUGCCCUAUACCCAUGUAAAAGAUACAACGAUCACAUUUCAUUUACAUUCGCGUGUCCACGGUGAAGUUGUUUAUUGUGUACUGAAAUGUGUUAAUAACGUCCAACUGGAGACAAUUACAGCGUCAGAUGCUCUAAUUGUUGCUUACGAGAAGCCCAACAUUGAUUAUGCAGAGGUGCAUUUUAUUGCUGAAGCUAUAGCAGCUGUGCCUAUUUCCGACCUUCCCAACAAGUUUCGUACAAUCUCCUAUAGUGAAAUGUAUCCUUCAAGAGAACAGAUCUUUGUCCAGAGCAAUUUGACUGCUUUGAAAGUCGAAUGGACUGGACUUUUGGAUGCUGCAGGUCUUAACAACUACGAAUACCGCGUGAUGACCCCAGAAGGAGUUACACUUAAUUGGACUGAUUGUGGCAAUUACACAUUUGUCGAUAUCACUGGUUUGAACUUAAAACCAGAAGCGAUUUACGCUGUUCAAAUCAAAGCUUACAAUGUAGCCAACAUCACAAGCGAUGGAAUUCAAACAUUUACAUUCCUCAAAGGGAGAGCACCACAGCUUACUGGCAAGGACGCUCGUAUUGACUUUCACGAUGACAACAUCAUGUUAGACUGGAGCGAAGUGUUUGAAGAACAUUUUCUGAUUUCGCGUUUGAUUACAUAUGACGUCAUUGUUGGAACACGUGCGAGUUACAACGAUGUAAUCGACUUGUCUGAAAGGAAACACACUAACAUAUCGUUUCCUAAACCAAACUCCUCUAUUAUUAAUUCGAGCCCCAAUGAAAUAUUUGUUUCAAUCAUAUGUUGGGAACCGACUGGUCAGUUUGGAACAUAUCAACAUAGCUUCAAAUUGGAUAAUAACUAAUAUGUCACGGGAACAUCAAUCAGAUUUCACAUAAACGCUUUUGUCGUUUAUGUGUACGUGUUUCCAUAGUCUCGAUUAAGGUAACCUUAAUAAUGACUAAACGGAUGCUUGGAGGUAAUUAUCUGUUAGAUAUUUAAAGUGUUAAAUGUGUCCAUGUACUUUAAAUGGAUGUAUAGAUUGAAUGAUUUGUUUACAAGUUUCGUUCCAACUAAAAUUAAGUGAUAUUAUCUGGUAUUUGUCUACUAUAUUUUAAUAUGCUAGUUUUGUAAAUUUUAAGGAGAAUGCUUAUAAUAAUGCCAAUAUUAUUUUUCAUAUGUUACUCAAGAGUAUCUACUUAGAUAUGAUCGCAUGUUUCUAUUUUUUUUCAUAUGUUACUCAAGAGUAUCAACUUAGAUAUGAACGCAUGUUUCUAUUAUUUUUCAUAUGUUAUUCAAGAGUAUCUACUUAGAUAUGAUCGCAUGUUUCUAUUAUUUUUCAUAUGUUACUCAAGAGUAUCUACUUAGAUAUGAUCGCAUGUUUCUUUAUAAUACAGAUAAUGAAUAACAGCUUUAAUAAAACUACACGUAUACAAAAUAGUUUACAAUUAUUAUUUUUAUAAAUAUGUUUGUUUGUUAAUUCAAGAUGUUUUGUUACAGUUUAGAAAAUAAUUAUCAUAACAUUCACUCAAGUUUUGUUGUUGUAUGAAUAUUCAUGUCGAACUAAUACAACAUGUUUAUAUAAACGCUUUAUUUGGUUUCAAGUGACCUGGGUUUCAUUUCCCUCUGCAUUUGUAGCCGCUUUGUAUCAAUCUUAACUAAUAUAUUACAAACGUAGUGCAUUUAAUGUAAUAAAUAUAUUCCACUUUAUAGUUAUACAGUAAUAAUGACCACUGACUCCCAUUCUAUUUUGUUUAUUCGCUUAAGUUUGUUAAUGCUUAUGUAUGCCUCAUACUGACAUGAUGUUUUGAUUUUUCGAAUUAAUUGUUUCUUCAUUUAAAUAUAGCUAUAAAGCAAAAUCAAUGUUUGUUUCUGUUUAAUAUAUCGUGCAUAAACCCAAAAUAAUGUAUGGUUUAUUGCAGUCGGGUCAAUUACCAUAACCCGAACAAACAAUGCAAAUAAAAGUCAUACAGAUGAAGAAUUAAAGAACUUGUGAAUUAUCAGUCUCAUUUGAAAAUGUGGAUAAUGACUGUAAAGUAUGCUCAAUAUUUUUUUUUAAUUUCUUUUCUUACGGAC